AUGUUCAGGAAAAUAUGGUUGCUCCAGGUGAAACUUGAAGGGUGUGCUGACUUCUCACAUUCUGCCUUGUUGUUCUUUGAUGUAGGUCCCAGUGAUGCAUCUCCAGAUGAAGGAGUUGUAGAAGAUCUGCCUUUAAUAGAUGAGAAAGCUGUGGAGCAGCUAACUGAAGGCUUGAUUUCCCACUAUCUGCCCGAUCUUCAGCGAUCAAAAUCAGCACUGCAGGAACUUACCCUUUGUCUGGAAAAACUUGAGCUGAUUUGUGUGGGAUGGAGAGCCGUAAUAAUCACCAGGAAUCCACACAAGUUCUGUACAGAAAUAAUUUAUGACGCAGAGACACCCAAGUGGAAAGUCAAGAGACAGAACCAAGUGGUACUGCUAGAAACAUUAGAACAAGAAAUUUCAAAAUUCAAAGAGUGUAACUCCAUUGUUGAUAUCAAUGCUUUGUUUUCAGAAGCUAAACACUAUCACAACAAGUUAGUGAAUAUUAGAAAUGAAAUGAUGAUGCUGCAUGAGAAGACAUCAAAGUUAAAAAAAAGAGCACUUAAGCUGCAACAAAAGAGGCAGAAGGAAGAAUUGGAACGAGAGCAGCAACGUGAGAAGGAACUUGAAAGAGAGAAACAAUUAACAGCAAAACCUGCAAAGAGGACCUGAAAGCAGAGCAUACAACUACUUGUCUGAGCUAAUGAUUUCUUCUUUAACUGGAAUUAAGGCAGACUUUGCUUAAAUUGGGCUACAGAGUUGCUAGCAAUUCUGUUGCUAGCAAGUCUACUCUAUGGUAUAAAUUCCAGAAUGGUAAUAAUAGAGUUGGUAACAUUCACAUUUUUUAAUUUCAGCCAUUCAAGUUGCCUUCUUUUGUUAUGCUAUGCAGUUUGAUAUUAUAAUGUAAGUUAAUUUUUAUAUAUAUAUGUAUAUAGGAGAACUAGGCAUCAUAGUUUUAAGUACCUAUCCAUUUUUGUUCUGUUCUUUUGGUGUUUAGAAUUCUGUGAGAUUUCAUGACUGACACAUGUUUUUCAGACAAAAUGCAGAA